AAGCCCAUACAAGUUUUAUCCCGGGCCGAGCCCACCGAUGGGAUUGGAUCGUUGCCAAGCAUCUUUUGGCAUGGAAACUUUGGGCACGGAAGUACGGAACGCUUCACCAUUCCUUCGUUUUCACAGAACAACACAUCACAUUCAUUUCGAUCUUCUACUUCCUCUUCGUAGUAGCAAUUUCGUUCUGCUUCAAGGAUUCCCAAUACAAAAAAAAAAAAAAAACCCUGAAGAAUCCGAAUCACAUGUUAUUCUUUUGGCAAUGGAAGGAAUGGACUAAUGGGGUUUGGAUUGUUUUGGUUUGUAGUGUGUUGAUCAAUCCUCUUGUUAAUGGGUAAAUAGUGAAUGGCAAUGGGACGUGGAGGGGCGGGUACCUCAAUAUCCAUACCUUGCCGUAUGCUACUACGAGUCGGGGUGGGUAAAAUCCGUGUGGGUACGAGGUGGGGCGGGUCGACCAACUCUUACAUGUUAUUUGAAAAAAAAACAUACGCAAAUUUUACUGUUUACGAUAAAACGAAGGAGAAAGCACUUUAUAAAUUAAAAAUAGUGAUAAUAGAAUGGGUAAUUGAGUCUAUCCUGUUGAAAGGUUGACUCUUACAAAUUGAAAAGGUAAAAAAAGAAGAAAUAUGUAUAGAUAUUGUAAGAAAUUUAGGUAGAAUGGGCCAAGAACGGGGCGGGGCAGGGCGGGUGGGAAGUAGAUACCCAUGUCCCGCCCCACGCUACAACGGGUCGGGUAAUACCCGCCCCAUCGCAGAUCUGCUCGGAUAAUACCUACGGAGCGGGUUCAAAUUGCCAUCACUAUGAAUAAAUAACGAGGAGGGACAAUGGUGUCAUCAAACAGCUUUUUUUGUGUUUCGAGAAUCUAAUCUAUCAAACAAGAAAUAAAUUGGUUUGUCUAUGUAGAUAAGAGUUCUUUAUCUAUUUGUUAAACCAAACGCCCCGUCGUAACAUCCAUGGAGUCUCAUCGAGAUCCUUUGUUAAGUCAUCCUCCGCAUCUCUGGGUUGCAUAAAUUUGUUUUAAGCGUGCUGUCUAGCUAAACAAGAAAAGACCAAUAUGAUCUAACAACAUUUUGGCUAGUCUAGCCUAUGCUCCUAAGGCUAAAGGACGCGCUUCCCUGGUAUAUGUGGUCUUUGAGUCAAAGGGUGUACGUUGGUUUACACACAAUUCAUAGCCGUUAGAAGCAUGAUUGGUUAUGUAAUAUUCUUGUUAUUGCAUAUAUUCAACAAUCAUAAAUUUCGAGUCUUGAGACCCAACAUUCAACCAAGUAAUUAUGUGCUUAUGCCAAGGGAAGCAAGAUAACCAAAUGCACAUUAGAACAGUGCAAUCUGCAAGCUACUAAUGUGGUUGUUUGUUUUGCAGAGACUAGAAGAGAGAGAGAGAGAGAGAGAGAUAAGAGAUGGCAAGGUGUUAGUGGUGGUGAGGUAAUUCUAGCAGAGAAAGAGUCAAAGUUAUUACAUCAGUUUUCUUUUUUAGAGUCAGAGGGAAAAUGAAACUGCUUUGUCAGAGGGUGCAGGCCAGAUAGCAGGGGAGCAGGCAGAGAAAGGAUGAGUACUCGUGUGGAUUUCUGUUACAACUUACUGCAACAACAACAACAACAAAAACACCCCACCACCCCUUUUCUUUGCCCAAGUACACUCUUCUUCCCCCAUUUCUUUCCUCUAUUCACUCUGCUUUCUCCCUCUCCUCCCCCUUUUCUGUUUUUGUUUGAUUUCCCCGUUUUAGAACAAUGGAAGUGACCUUCAUGUCACAGUUGCAUAACACAACAACAAGCACCACCACCACCACCACUGGCUCCAGCUCCAGCUACUGUUGCUGCUGCUGUCAUCAAGACAAGGAUGGCUGCUGCUUCCCCAAUCACAUCUCUCCCAUUCCUUCCUCUUCUUCAGAUACUCAUUAUCAUAUACAUUCUUCUCCCUCUCAGACUCAACUCACACCACCACAUACCCUUUUGGCCUCUCCUUCUCCAGACAUGGCCAAGUGCAGUAAUAAUGACAGCAAUAACAACAGUGUGGAGAGGCAGAAGAAGAAGAAGAACAAGAGUAUUGAUGAUAGCAGGUGCUUGAAAGUGAGUACUGCUAAAGGGCAUUGGAGGCCUGCAGAGGAUGCUAAACUCAAGGAACUUGUUGCCCUUUAUGGCCCUCAGAACUGGAACCUCAUUGCAGAGAAGAUGGAAGCAAGAUCAGGUAAAAGCUGUAGACUGAGGUGGUUCAACCAGCUGGAUCCAAGGGUGAUCAAGAGAGCCUUCAGUGAAGAAGAGGAAGAGAAACUAAUGGCUGCUCACAGAACUUAUGGCAACAAAUGGGCACUGAUUGCCAGGUUUUUCCCAGGGAGAACUGACAAUGCGGUUAAGAAUCACUGGCAUGUUAUAAUGGCUAGGAGAUACAGAGCACAGUCCUGGAAUAAUUGCAGGGCCAGAAGAGAGAUCAACCAGUCUUCCACUGCUAAUUGUUUUGUUAGGCAAGAAGAAUACGCUCCCAGUGGCAGCAGCCAGGAAUCAUUAUCACUCCAUUGCCCAUCUGCAACUUCCAGUGGAGGAGGAAGCACUAAUGCUGCUUCUCCUGGAGACACCAAUAGCAAAGGAGGAAAAGAAACAGUGGGAAAUUGGAAAUCAUCUUCAUCUCCAGUAUUGUUUGUUAGGAGCAGCAAUCCCAAGCUCAACUAUUUUCAACAACAACAACAAUCCCUCAUGGCCUAUGGUGUCUUUUCUGGUCAGGAGGGCCAAUGGAGUCCCAUUCUGAAGAAGAAGCAGAGUAACAUGGUGAAAGAUGAUGGUACCACCAACACCAACACCACCACCUUCACUGCUUUCAGUGGCAAGCAAGCAUCUGGAGUCACAGUCAGUGAAGCAUCAACGUCAUCAUCAUUAUUAUCACUAUCACUAGCAAGGAACCCAGAAACCACAGCAGCAGAAGCAACAACAACAAGGGACCUAUUCAACACCAGCAAACCCUCAGCCCCACCACCACCAUUUAUAGACUUCCUUGGAGUUGGAGCCUGAAGAUACAGCAAGAUGUAAAGUUUCCAAACUAGGUAAAAGGGAGACAUGGGGAAAGAAAGAGACACUCGUGUGGGUAGUGGGUUAGGAUUAUAUAUGAGAUAUUGAGAUCAGUAUGUUAUCAUGAGCCGGGGAAAAGAUGCAUUUCCCAAGGAGGCAGUGUUUCUGGGUUAGGACUAACUCAAACAGGUUAGCUAGCUAGUAGCCUUUCAAGUUUCAACCUUCGUGUUUGCAACAAACAAUCAAUCAAUCCUCUUUUGCCUUGUCAAUCUACUUCUUUCUGAAUUCUGCAUGUAUUUUCUUUUUUGGGGCAAGUUUACGCAGCCCCAAUAUUAAGCAUAAAAAGGGGUAGCUCUGGAAGCAUGGGAAUAGCAUUAGUCCCAUUUCAGUAACAGACUUCCUUAAAUUCUGCUUCCUAAAACUGCUGGACAAUUAAAUUCCAGCAAGGAAGUGGCCAAGUGUUUUGUCAUCUCGUUUGUGUCAAACAUUCAGAACAGACAAACAACAAACUAUUAUAAUAAUAAUAUUCAUGGACGGUUACCAGAAAAUCGCAACAUGCAACAGUAAGCAAGUAACAAAACUGGGGAAAAGAGGCUUGUGGUGGGCCUUACAGCAAAAGCAGGACAACAGUGGUAGUUUUCACAAUACUGUUCCUUUUCUUCUGUGUGUUGUGUUGUUUACGUUUCACUGUGGCCUAGCAGACUUCAGGUGAGAGUUUCAUCAACUCCAUUAAAUACUAUAGAUCCCU